GACAUAUUGUGUGCAUUUCUGUAAUCUGCAUGUCUGAUGACACAAUGACACAAAUUGGAAUGGUUUCGGUUCUAAAGAAGUCCUUGUCUAAGUGGUGUAGAUAGUCUCUCUCACAUUGAUAACACUGAUUUAAAUGGGUUCAUUUUGUUGGUUGAUAAUAUUUAGUUACCUGAAAUCUUCUAAAUUUUAAAAUUCGGGUAUCUGCACAAUACUCCCCAUUAUAUAUGUUUACAUGCAAUUAAUUUUGACUAUGAUGCUAAAUACUUAAGGUGUUAAGUAGCUGACUGAACUGACACUAUUACUGUCUCUCCUUGACAGGGGUAAGUGAUUGAAAUGGACUAAUCAAAGACAUCCUGUAAUAUUGGGUUAUAUGUAAUAAUGCAAAACUUUCAACUUCACUCAUCUGCGCAACUGCAUUAAAUGAAUAAAAGAAUGUCAGAUUCCAUUUCUUGAUAGCAGUCAGAGAGCUGAUUAUGAUCAUGCAUUAAAUGGCUACAUAUGACAAAAUUUCAGUCACAGCCUAGACCGUCAGCACCUGUUGGCCCCGAUUUCAAGCCUAAGAUGUCAAACAUGCCGACCUCCUCUCAGCAGUCUGGACCUGUGAAGCCCACGUUUCCAGCUUACUCCAGCUCUGCCACCCUGUCAGCACCCCCCACGGCACCCAGUGCCACAAUCAGUGCAGCACCCACUGUCAAGAAACCAGAGUCGAGUUCAGGCAUGACAACAAAGUUGGUCCACCCUGAGGAGGAUAUAUCUCUGGAAGAAAAACGAGCUAGCUUACCAAGGUAUCAGAAUCGUCAAAUGGCGCCUCAAACUACAAUAUCAGCACCACCCAUGAUGAACAUGCCACGGAUGCCACAAGGUGGUCAGAUGCAGCCUCCUAUGUCCCAGAUGAACAACGGUGGGUCUAGACCUCCAGGUCCCCCAGGGCCUAUGGGGUAUGGCAUGAUGCGUCCCCCAAUGAUGGGAGCACAAGGGAGAUAUUGACAGCAUGGAGCUAAGUGGGAUACUGGGGAACUUUGAGUUACCUGUACUAGCAUGUUCUACAUCCACUGCUUUAGUGUUAUUUCUUGUCUCCAAUAUGCUAUUAUCAUUAUGAUUUUAAAAGUUUGUAACUGUGCUGUGUUUUUUGUACACACAUGCCUGCUGCAACCUGAGCUACGGCGGUAAGUAGCUGGCUGGACUGACACUACUGUCUCUGCCUGACAGGGGUAAGUGAUUGAAAUGGACUAAGAAAAGACAUUGUGUAAUAUUGGAUUAUAUGUGAUAACCGAAACCUUUCAUCUUCACUCAUCUGUGCAGCAGUAACGUCAGCAAAAGGUUUGUUAAAAGUUGGUUGAUCUUGUAUACUUUGAAUGUAGAGAAAGAAUAUUAUGUCAAAAAAUACUUCACUAAAAGACAUGCAUCUGGAGUCACUUAAUGUGACUGUAUCAAAUAAGUGAUUAAAGUUGUAUUACUUUCCUUUGUAACACCAAAAUGAAAUCUUGUAUAUAUUGUAAUUAUGAGAAAGUUAUCUGAAAUUAUAUGAAAUCUGUGCGCAGUUGUUCAAACAUUGUCAUUUUUGAGCUUAUUUUCCAAAGCAAAACUUAAUAAAGGGAAUGUAAUCUGGUUACUAUAUUUUAACAUAAGUUAUAUCUUAAUAAAAUUUGUAGAAAGAGGG